AAUAAAUAAAUUACUAAUUUGUAGAAAAUGAAGGUCGCCGAGAAAGUGAUACUCUUACUCGACGGCGGUAACGUCGGCGUCGCGGCCGCCAUUGCCGGCAGUCUCCACCCGAAUCCCAGCGAAAAGCUUCAGACUACAAAGGAAUCUUUCCGAUUUUCGUUAGAAUGCUACGGAAUCAAAGAUCUGAUGGCAUCCGGCGAGGUAAUUCAUUUCGUCGGUUCAGGUGGCUGUUAUGAGGUGUCUAUUUUGAUGUUGGAGAAUUAUGAGCCUCCAGUCUUAGCUUGUGCUCUGAAUGAAGUUUUGUUGAAAUUAGCCGGAGAAGAACAAUCUACCCUGCCAACACUCAUAGUCCCUUUCGUUGUGCCAGAAACUAAGCUCAAACUGAAAAAUAGAUAUUCUGGGAAAAGCGAAAAGGUUUCACUGUAUGGCAUGAAAUUAGGCCCCAAAACAGAUGUAUCUGAGUUAUUGAGCUCCAGAUUGCAACAGUCGCCACUGUUUUCUCAGAUUUUACAUGAGGAAUUGGCCUUGUUGCUUCAUUUGGUAAAUGUCAUGAAGCUCCCAACCGUUGUGAUGAUUGGCGUAACAUCAAGUAAAAACUCCAACGAGGACCUCGAGGUGACCUGCCAGAUUGGAGAACACUUGGCCAGUGUUUCGUCUCUUACAUUCUCCAAAGAAAAGAUGGUCCAAAGUCCAACCAAGGCUUCCAGGGACGGCAAAGAGGCUUGGCGUGCACUAUACGGAUGAUGUUCUCGUUUAGCUCUGCGUUUCUCUUUGGGAUGAUAUCGUAGUGUAGCCUAUGGGGGGAGCCUCCAUCUUCUAGUUCUAUGUUCUUGUUUUUGAGUCUAAAAAACGGUGUGAUGUCAAAUUGCAGUCUUGUUGUUCACCCACGAACUCUACUAUGAAGAUAAGUUUUUACACA